AUGGCCUCGGUGCAAUCUCAAGAGGCCGAAGAGCUGCCGCCCGAAGUGAACCUCAACAACCGGUAUUCCUUGGUCGCUUUCCUCCUGGAUCCUCGCAACGACAUCCGGCUCAUAAGUGGCCCGUACCUUCAGCAGCUGCACCAAGAGGGCCGCAUCUGGCCAAGGCGACAGGAGGUGGAAGCGCAUGGCUUCGUGACGGAGAGGGAGCUGCGUCGCUUCCGAGCCAGAGAGGCGGUACGGUCCCUGGAACGUGGCGAGAAGAAUGAGCAGCCCAGGAUCAUCGCUGUGUCACACGUUUGGGAGACCAGGGAACAUCCCGAUCCGCUUGGCCGCCAGCUGCAAGCGCUUGUCGAGUGUCAGAAGUGGCCAGCCCGGUUGUCAUGGUAUUUUAUUGACUACAUGUCCCUGCACCAGUUCUACAGAGGAGAUCAAGACAGUCCUGCGCAAAGAAGCUUCAGCCGGGUCAUGAAUCAGAUGCACGUCUUCUACUCACAUGAAGACACCUAUACAUACCAGCUCACGCGCGUCACCGAAGCGCAGGCGAUCAGAGAGUCUGCCAAGGAGGUUCCGAUCUUUCAUUGGCCGCAUUUCCCGGCCCCUCCUCUGGGGAAGCUCGCGGUGGUGCCGUGCAGGAUGCUUACGACAAACGAAACGCCGUACUCCGCGCGCGGAUGGUGCUGUGCGGAAGCUCUUUGGUCCGCCAUGAGAUCUGACGGAAGCCACAUGGUUUGCAUCGACGAUCACGUCAUCGACCAGCAUGGAAAGGCUCCAAUGGCGCCAGAAGACUUCUGUCAACGAGUGGCAGAGGGCAACCUGCGAUUUACCCACAGGAAUGAUCAGGAGGCGGUGGUGGAGCUGCAGAAGAGCGUCUUCCACUUGAAGGCUCAGUCGAUGACGUCUUUGACGUUGGAGCUCCUGCCUCAGAGUGAGGUGCGCGUCCUCUGCAAUGCCCUCGGGCAUUUCCGGAAGUUGAACACUUUGACGCUGCAACGCAGCCACCUCAUCCCAGGGUUCUUCAAGGCCUUGGCCGAUGCCGUACCUCGACUCCGGGUCUUGGACGCCUCGUCAAACGAUCUCUCGCGUGCCGAUGGCUUGGACUACGCAAUUGAACGGCUUGACAGCCUUAAAGAUCUGAAUUUGAGCAAGAACUGUUUGGGGGACGACGCCAUGCAGUCCCUGGCGAAAGGUAUUGCGCCGAAGUGCAAGCUUGAAACUUUGCGCCUCGCGAGCAACCAGGUCAGAAAUGCAGGCGCUGAGGCGCUUGCACAAGCACUCCGAAAAAACACAUCCAUCCAGCUCCUUGACCUGAGCAACAACCUCAUCGAAGAUGAUGGUGCCGCUGCCCUGGCCGAGGCGAUGCAGGAGAACCGACACGUUUGGAAGUUAAUCCUGAGCUCGAAUAGGCUGACCGGCGCGGGUGCGAGGGCUUGGAGAGAGGCAUUGCCCGGGUGCCAUCUUUCUUCGCUGGAGCUUUUUCACGGCAAUGACAUCGACACGGCGGGCAGGAAGAUUUUUGCCAAGCGGGUGAGAGCAAGGAUCCUGGCCAACAGAUGGACACCUGCAGUGGACGUCGGGAGAAGCCCUAUUCCUUCCCAACAUUUUGGCGCUGAUUGCAACUUCAUCCAUGUCUUCGCCGCUGUCCAUCUGGCCAUGCUUUUCUUCUUGGCCUCGACCACAGCCCUCACAAGUGAGCACGGAGGGUCGACAAUCUUGCUGCUCCUCCGGUAUGGACUCUGGCCGCCCUGGAUGCUUUCCACAACGUGGGGUCUGCUCGGCACGCUGUUGAUGCAAAAAGAGCCCUUGCAUUCCCGCAACGAGUUGAUCUACUGGAUUGGGGCGGGCCUUGGCGUGCUGUCGUCCUUUCAUGUCUUUGUGGGCUGGUCGCUCGCUUUGCGGGUAACUUUGAAACCAGGCGGCCCAAGUGCAUUUGUGAUGUGGGGUCUGCCUUCUCUUGGCGUGGUCUCAGGCGUGGGCUCUCUCAGCUUCUUCCGACGAAAUGAUUUGAGACGUAUUUGCUGUGUCCUGCGUGCCCGCUGCCUCAAGGCACGAGCCGAACCAUAG